CGCUGGUGAAGAGUGAAAAGUGAAAGUGAAAGUGAAGACAGUGUAUCUUUUGUUGAGUCUGAGCGGUGCUGUUUUUAGUUAUUAAAAUUGAUACUAAUCUAGAUCUCAAGAUCUAGAAUCUAGAUCUAGAUCUAAUUUCAAUUUAAAACAGAAACUAGACUACCAAUCGUAUUAGUCUAGAUCUAGAUCUAAAAUCUAGAAUCUAUUAGACUAUGAUGAAUGACGGCCAUCGAUUUACGUUGCAACAUUUUAUGUCUAAAGGCAUUUUGAAUGCCAAAGAAGUGAAAACAAUUUUUAGUCAAAGCAAAGACAGAUUUCAAGGGCAAGAUGAGGAGGAUCUGAGAACAUUUAUCUUGACGAUAAAUCAGUCUGUGGCUCCUUUCAACCUUGAAAUAAAGAAAGGAAUUCAAGAAGACGAUGGACAAAGUCAUUACUGCUUGGUGAACACAGUUGAAACUCCUAUUUCCAGACUUUCAAGUACUUACACUCUGAAUGAAUUAGAGCUCUUCAAAAAAUUGGUUGAACAGAUUGUGAACACAGAGGAUGGCAAGGUUGGAUCUCUUGCUGCAGUGAAUCUCACAGAGAGGCUGGAGAAAAAGAUGGGCAAAGAAGAUGCUGAGAUUUUCUUUGAAAAACUGGAAAGGGAUAAGUGGAUUAAAAAGGAUAAGAAUGGGAAAAUAUCUUUGUCUGUUCGGUCCUUACUGGAACUGGAACAAUAUUUAAAGGAAGUGUAUGCUGACUAUGUGAAGUCGUGUGGAAUUUGUGACAAAAUAUGCCUUUUGGGGGAGACGUGCAGCAGCUGUGGAGUGAAGCUUCAUCUUCAGUGUGCCAAGAAUCUGUUCUCUAGACAGGGUGAUGACAGGAAAUGCCCUAGUUAUGACUGCCGAGCACCGUGGGGAGAAGUGGUUUUGUAGCUAAGGGAUUUUUUUCCUUCUCUUGUGUCGAGGAUAGACUUUAAAAACUUUGUGACAUUGUCAAAGUUGAAGUUGACAGAUUAGUUUUGUUGAAUUUGACACUUUGACACUUUGCAUAAUGUACCCUCCCUAUAACGGGUUGCCUUUAUUGUGUCCAGGUCUAAACAACUUUUUUAUUUUUUACUGUCCAUGUAAAACCAGACUGCUGGCAUGUGAUGAAGUUGAUACAGUUAGUCAAGCCUUCGAGUUACUCUCUCAAUACCUCUGAAGUUUUUUGACAAUUACAAUGACAAUCUUUAUUAAUCUCGCAGGGGGAAAUUUGUCCUGGUCAUUUACAAUGGCAGUAGAUGUUACAAAGGUUAAGUGCACUCACGCAUACGCACAACAAGACGGAACGUUAAUAAAUAGAUGUCUCAUGUGCUACAA